AUGUUCCGAGGCGAAAAGGUCCAUAUCGAUCUCGGCUCAGACAGCGAGAAUGACACGGCGCAGAAGCCCAACAUAUUGCCCGGCGCAUUUGUGGGAGAUGUCUUGGAGCGCGCUCCUGCCGCGCCCAAGCCACCAAGCGCCCCUGCCUUGAAGAGUAAAAGCGGCUUUCCUGGGCACCAAAAGCGCAACGUGGUGAGCCGCUUCAAACAGCAAAAGUCGUCAACUCCGGCUGCAGAGUCUAAGCAGCAGUCCUCGAGUAUCAGCCGCACCGAUAAAGAUGCGUCGAGUGGCAAGCCGAAGUCAUGGGAAGAGGGAGAGAAAGAGCGGAUAGAUCGCGAGAACAAUGACAAAUUGGCAGCAAUGUCUGCUGAAGAGAUCGAGGAGGAACGCAGAGAGCUAAUGAACCAGUUCAGUCCAGCGCUAUUACAGAGGCUUCUCAUGAGAGGUGAUGUGGCGAGUGGGAGUGAGGAGACAGACCUUUCACUUCUACCUGGCGAAAUUCGAGAACGACCGAGCGAAGCGCCUCUGCCGGCGCCAGAUGCCGUGGAGAUUGGAGUGCCUGACGUGAAACCUCGCGAGAAGCCUGCAAAAUCAGUUGCCUUUGCAGAGGAGCCAGAAUUCGAAGACGCAAAUGGUCAAGAAGAUGUGAAACCUCAAGAAGAGGAAGUUUUGCCACAUGACAGCGUCCACUUUCCACGACCAGAUCAACCUCCUGCCCUCGACCCAUCGUCAGACACAUUUCUGGAAGACCUGUAUCAGAAGUACUUUCCAUCUCUGCCCUCAGAUCCAGAUAAGCUGGAAUGGAUGCAAACGUCUUCCGCCAAGAACACGUAUGAUCCCAGCGCAGACGCACUGAACGCAGGUGACGUGCGGUUCUCCUUCAGAGGCGACAUCAUACCACCAAGCAAAGCGAAAGAGAUCCCAGUCACACUUGGCCUUCAUCAUCAUGGCGAUGCGCCUGAAGCAGCGGGCUACACGAUCGCAGAACUGGCACAUCUUGCGCGAUCUAGCUAUCCGGCGCAAAGAUGUAUCUCAUUUCAGACACUGGGACGCAUACUCUACAAGCUCAGCAAAGGCGAAUUCGGUGACCCUGGUGAGCCCGAGCAUGUACUGGCUGGUGAUGUCGUUGAAGGUCCAGAAGAUACCUUCGGUGAACUAGCACGAGGUCUGUGGCGAGAGGUGGAACGGCUACAAGUUAUCCAGAUUCUCGUAGAUGAAAGCGAAGGAAGAGGAGUCGAUGGCGGAAAGCACAUGAGCGCAAAGGCCUACGCGACAGAAGCAGUAUGGCUCUGGCGAAAAGGCGGAGGUCGCAGAUGGGAUGCAAAAUAG